ACGCUUCGAGUUAGUCCGUUUCGCGCGUUCAAACGAUUAACACGUGUGACAACGAGAGUUCGAUAUUUUCUUUUGUUUGUUCUCCUUUUUUCUUCUUCCUUGAUUGGAUUUUAUUCCAUCACUGUUUUUUGUUUUCCAUUCUUCUUUUUCUCUUCGUCAAAAUUUUGUAAUACUUUUACAUCGAAGUCGUCGAUUACAGCGAAAUUUUUCGAUAAUACGAUUGUUCAUUUUAUUAUUGUUUUGUUUUUAUUUUAUUAUCGAGAUAUCGUUAUAAAGAAGUUUUAUUGAGGAUCGACAAUUAUUAUUUAACGUUUUCUCCCUUUUUUUUUGUCUGUAAAUUUUCUUCUUUUCAAAAUUAAUCAUUCAUCGAUAUCAAGAUGCCUGUCGAAUUGGAGUCAGUGCCAUCGAUCCCUCAUAAAGCCUGUCCCACUCAUUGUAAUGGAGAAGAAAAAAUGAAUAAGCUGUGUAGACAACUAUCGAUCGAAAGUCCAAGCAUAACAGGACGAGAUUGUGUAUUCAGUUUCGAUGUACCGGUUCCCGAUGUACCCGCACAAGGUGCACGAAUUCGUGUAGUUUGUGCCGGAGCUUGCUAUCAUCCAAAACGUUCACCGAGUCUAUCGUCUUUGACAUCAGUAUCAAGUAGCAGUAGUUUAGCUACUGAGGCAUCCUUAGAGGGUGAUUUCCCAGUUAAUAUUCCACAUCAUGGUGUAAGAGAUGCUGCAUUAUUUCCUGGAUACGAGGUGGCUGGUGUCAUUGAGUCACUUGGUUCUGACGUUAACGAGGAUUGCGAAUACGCUCUUGGUGAUCGCGUUAUCCUUUAUCCAUACGAAGGAAUACCAAAUGGAUAUGUCGAAUAUUUAGUUGUACAUGAUCUUAAAUAUCUUAUAAAGAUACCCGACAACAUGUCACUGAGCGUAGCAGCUAUGUUACCGGCUGGUGCAUUACUUGCUAUGAACACCGUAUUUUCUGCACAUGAUCACGUACAGAAUCUUUUGAAGGAAAGAGACGAGAAGACCAUAUGUAAGAUUUUGAUCGUUGGCACAGGUGGAUUAGCACUUUGGGCAUUGAGAAUUGCGGCUUAUCACUUCAGUGAUAUAAAGGAUAGAGUGACCAUAACAAUCGCAACGCUUAAAGAUGAUGGACUAAUAAUGGCACAGGAAUUUCAACGGGUCAACGUUGUACAAUGGAACGAGGAUCUAUAUGAAAAACAAUUGAUCGAACGGACAAUGGACGCUUGUCAAGGUCAGGUGGACGUUGUAAUUGACUUUGGAACUACAUCCCGUAGUUUGCAUCGUAGUAUUCAAUGUUUGAGCAAAGGCGGAGUUGUAUUUGUAAUAAAGGAAGUGGCCGAUCGUCUUUUACCAAAGUUUAGUAGACGUGCCGAAGAAAGACAACAAAGUAUAAAGUCAGUUGAACCAGGUACAUUGGAACAACUCCAUGAACUGGUACAAUUGGUUGCAUCGAACGAAAUCGAACCACCACCACAUACAGUAUAUCCUGCCGAGGAAGCACUCGACGUCGUUCACAAACUUUGCCAUUCCAUGAUUCAAGGUCGUGCGAUUCUUCGUUUCUAUCCAGCUGAUUAAAAGAGAAAUGAAGAGAGAGAGAGGGAGAGAAACGAAAAGAAGAAAGAAGAAGAAAGAA